UCUAGUCUCCAGCUUCAUUUUUUUCGGUUAUGUUAGCGGUGGGGCAGAUGGACGGGUCCCGUCAGAGUGCGUUCCUCCUCAGCACCCCGCCUUUAGCCGCUCUGCACAGCAUGACCGAAAUGAAGACCCCUCUGUACCCAGCGUAUCCCUUAUCCUCUACCGGACCAGCCUCUUCUACCUCCCCGUCUGCAACCUCCCCGAAUCCCGGUGGAAUCCCUGUCUCUUCCCCGGGGAUAAAACCCUCGGCCGGACUAUCUUCUCUCGGAUCGCCCCACCAGUGCUCCGCCGCUACCCCCCACGGAAUAAACGACAUCCUCAGUCGCCCGUCAAUCGUCGCCUCGGGGGCUGCGGCGGCCGUGGCCGCGUCCUCGUCUGCUGGAAUCUUGUCAGGACUGCCCCGCUUCAGUAGCCUGAGUCCCCCGCCUCCCCCCGGGCUCUAUUUCAGCCCCAGCGCCGCAGCGGCAGUGGCAGUGGCUCGCUACCCAAAGCCACUCACAGACCUCCCAGGCAGGACCCCUAUAUUUUGGCCCGGAGUCAUGCAAAGCCCACAUUGGAGGGAUGCCAGGUUCGCUUGCUCGCCCCACCAGAGUUCGGUUUUGCUCGACAAAGACGGAAAGAGGAAGCAUACGAGACCUACAUUUUCCGGACAGCAGAUUUUUGCCCUGGAAAAGACUUUUGAGCAAACGAAAUAUUUAGCAGGGCCCGAGAGAGCGCGGCUGGCCUACUCGUUGGGGAUGACAGAGAGCCAAGUGAAGGUUUGGUUUCAAAACAGAAGAACGAAGUGGAGGAAAAGACACGCAGCCGAGAUGGCAUCAGCAAAGAAAAAGCAGGAUUCAGAAACAGAGAGGCUGAAAGGGGCUUCGGAAAACGAAGACGAUGACGACGAUUACAACAAGCCUUUGGACCCAAACUCGGACGACGAAAAAAUAACUCAGCUAUUGAAGAAACACAAACCAAACUCCUCUCUUCACAUCCACACGUCAGAGAACGAAAGUUCAUAGAAACAAAGAAGACAAAGCCGAAGUGAAAUUUUUAAGUGAAACCCAGCACUGAACUGCUCGAAAGCAGUGGCCUAUUUUCGUCAACAUUUUGAAAUGAAGUUUGACUUGAACGAGGAAAGACGCGACAGUCGGGGAAGAUGGGCACUAUUUUUACAAGCUGGUUGUGUUGGAGCAGCGACUGAAAAGCUGACACUGCAAUUUAUAAACGUUUCCACAUCACGACGAGGGUACUUACUUGUAAAUAGCGUGAGUUACUAAAUAGAAAUUAUAUUACUGUGAAUAUUUAUGUGUAAAAUACUUUUUUUU